UUCCUCCUCCUGCUUCCACCGCCUACACGGACACAAGCCAUGGCUACUCUUUCUCCUUUGAUCGUACUCUUCUGUUCUCUGCUUUUGUCUCUCUCCCCUUUCGAAGUCUCUGCCCAUUCACAUACAACCAAAAUCGGCAAAGGCUAUCGCCUUGUCUCUCUAGAAGAAUCGCCUGAUGGAGGCCUCAUUGGCCUUCUGCGGGUAAAGAAGAAAACCCAUAUUUACGGCCCUGAUAUUCCCCAUCUUCAGCUCUAUGUCAAGCAUGAGACAGAUGAUAGACUGAGAGUUCACAUCACAGACGCAGAAAGACAAAGAUGGGAGGUUCCAUACAACCUUCUUCCGCGAGCUCCUGCUCCUCUGCCGCUUUCCUCCGGCCGGAGUCUCAUAGAUAUGAGGGGAAGGAAAGAUUUUGAGAUCACUCCUUCCGAACAUGGUGAAAACGAACUGAUAUUCGGAUUUAACGCAGACCCAUUUGGCUUCUAUGUGAGAAGAAGAUCAAAUGGGGAGACUCUGUUCAACUCGACUGCAGAUAAGAGGAGCCAUUAUGGGCAAAUGGUGUUCAAAGACCAGUAUUUGGAGAUCUCCACCAGCUUGCCUGAGAACUCCGCCUUGUAUGGGCUGGGGGAGAACACACAGCCCAAGGGAAUUCGGAUUCAGCCGCAUGAUAAAUACACUCUGUAUACAACAGAUAUCUCUGCUAUCAACCUCAACACAGACUUGUAUGGUGAUCAUCCUUACUAUGUGGAGCUCAGGAACAAUGGCGGAAAGGCCUCCUUUCAUGGCGUCCUGCUGAUGAACAGCAACGCCAUGGAUGUGUUCUACAGAGGCACGUCAUUGACGUAUAAGGUCAUUGGUGGUGUUCUUGAUUUCUACUUCUUUGCUGGACCAACUCCUCUGGGGCUCAUGGACCAGUACACCUCCUUUGUUGGUCGCCCUGCUCCUAUGCCUUACUGGGCUCUUGGAUUCCAUCAGUGCAGAUGGGGAUAUCAUAAUGUCUCAGAGGUUGCCAGUGUGGUGGAAGGGUACAGCAAAGCCAGAAUCCCUUUGGACGUCAUGUGGACGGACGAUGACCACAUGGAUGCCGCCAAGGACUUUACUCUGAGCGCCCUCAACUUCCCUCCCCAAAAGAUGAAGGCCUUCCUCAAAAAGCUCCACGGUGAAGGCCGCAAGUAUAUUGUCCUCAUUGACCCAGGCAUCAACGUGAACCGGACCUACAAGACCUAUCUCAGGGGAAUGGCCGACGAUGUCUUCAUUAAGCUCGACGGCGAACCCUAUUUGGCCCAGGUCUGGCCCGGCAUGGUCUACUUCCCGGACUUCCUUAACCCUAAAACCGUAGAUUGGUGGUCCAAUGAGAUCUCCACCUUUAGAAAGCUGGUCCCUGUUGAUGGCCUAUGGAUUGACAUGAACGAGCCUUCCAACUUCUGUAGUGGAAAGUGCACCGUGCCCACUACCCACCCUUGCCCGAACCCAGAGGGCCACCCAUGGGACUGCUGCCUGGAUUGCACCAACCUCACCCAGUCAAAGUGGGACAACCCACCUUACAAGAUAAAUGCGUCCGGGAUGGGCGCGCCGCUUGGGUUCAAGACCAUUGCAACCAGUGCUACCCACUACAAUGGGGUUCCUGAGUAUGAUGCACACAGCUUGUAUGGCUUCUCUCAGGCCAUAGCUACACAUAAAGCCUUGCUCAAGUCGACCGGCGGCAAGCGGCCUUUUGUGCUCACCCGGUCUACUUUCGUCGGCUCCGGCAAGUACGCGGCGCACUGGACUGGGGAUAACAAGGGAGAUUGGGAUAAUCUUCGGUACUCAAUAUCCACCAUUCUCAAUUUCGGCCUCUUUGGAAUGCCGAUGGUUGGAUCGGAUAUUUGUGGCUUCUAUCCUGCGCCUUUGCCUUUAGAGCAAUUAUGCAACAGGUGGAUCCAGCUUGGUGCAUUCUAUCCUUUCUCAAGGGACCAUGCCAACUUCGCCUCACCACGCCAAGAGCUCUACCAGUGGAAGUCUGUCGCGGAAUCAGCUAGAGUUGCGCUGGGCUUGCGUUACAAACUGCUUCCUUACCUCUACACACUCAACUAUGAGGCGCACACCACCGGCGCGCCUAUAGCGCGGCCCGUCUUCUUCUCCUUCCCCAGCUUUGUCGAGUCAUAUGGGCUAAGCACCCAGUUCUUGCUUGGAAGCAGUGUGCUGGUCUCACCCGUCCUUGAGGCCAAUGUGACCAAGGUCAAGGCCCUGUUCCCCCCAGGCACAUGGUACAGCCUCUUUGACCUCUCCAAGAAGAUAGUGUCCAAAGGGCAAUACUUCACCCUUGAUGCUCCCUUAAACGUUGUUAAUGCCCAUGUCUACCAGAACACCAUCCUCCCCAUGCAGCGCGGAGGUCUUAUAUCUAACCAAACUAGGACGACACCGUUCACCCUUGUCAUCGCCUUCCCGUCCGGCGCCAAAGCCGGUGAAGCCACCGGAAAAGUCUUCAUCGACGACGAUGAGGAUCCAGUGAUGCAACUGAGAGGUGGAAAGUCUACUUUUGUGGACUUCCAUGCCAAUGUGGGGGAGGGCAAGGUGAAGGUCUGGUCUAAGGUUGACCAAGGUCAAUUCGCAGUGAGACUGGGUCUGAUGAUUGAAAAGGUGGUGGUUCUUGGUCUGGCUGGGAAAAGCCAGGGCCUAGAGAUUGAGGUUGAAGGGGAGCCCCUGGAUUCACCUACCGUGAGUAAACUGUCCUUCGAGGAGUCUCAGAUCGAACAUAUGAAGGUGCCUGAAGCAGAGGUUGAGGAUGGUUUGAGUGUCGGCACCAUGAUGGUGCAGCUUGGUGGGCUUGAUCUGCCUUUGGGCAAGAGGUUCUCUGUGUCAUGGGAGGUGAACAUUGGUGGGAUCUAAGCAGUUUGGGAUCUUUUUAUUUCUUAGUGUUAGUCUCUUUUUAGGUUUAUGAAUGGGUGGGGUAAUGCCUGAUUUCUUUUUAAAUAUUGAUUCGGUGGCAGUACAUAUAAUAAUAGAUGUAAUUGCCCAAUCAAAGAUGCUCCGGUUUCUGAAGA